CAGUUGUCACUCUUGUCAGUCAUUAAUUUGUGGUGAUAGUGGUUACUGUUAUAAGUGAAAUUUUAUUUUCAAAAAUGGAAUCACAACCAACGAAACAAGAUAUCGAAGAUGCGUUUCAUAGAUUGCGAACUAUAGCUGCAAAUAAAGUAUGUUUUGAUUGUAAUGCCAAAAAUCCGACCUGGUCUAGCGUUACGUAUGGGGUCUUCAUUUGUAUAGAUUGUUCUGCAGUACAUCGCAGCCUGGGAGUACAUGUUAGUUUUGUAAGAUCCACACAGUUAGACACUAAUUGGACAUGGCAACAAUUGAGACAAAUGCAGUUAGGAGGAAAUAACAAUGCUCUUCAAUUUUUUACUCAACAUAACUGCAAUACCACAGAUGCCCAAAAAAAAUAUAAUUCCAGAGCUGCCCAUCUAUACCGUGAAAAGUUGAGUCAAAUGGCUUUGAAUCAUCUAAAAACAAAUAAUCAGUUCCACAUUCAUUCUCAUCCAGAAGAGAAAAUAGGAGAAAAAGAAAGCGAUUUCUUUUUGGAUAGUCAUCAAUUUUCCCUUAAAAAUUCUGUGCCACAGCAGCCGAAUCCAAAAUCGAGUGCAUUUAAGGACAAUGCUGUAAGCAGCGAAAAUCAUGAAGAACCCAAAAUUAAUUUAUCUCUUAAUAACAAAACAGAGUCCCAAAAAUCUAUUUUAAAAAAGCAACCUCAAAAAAAGUCAGGGUUAGGUGUAAAGAAAGGUGGUUUAGGAGCAACCAAAGUUAAGACAAAUUUUGCUCAAGUGGAAAGGGAGGCUGAAUUAAUAGAAGAAUCACAUUCAAAAUCUUUUGCCGAAUUAGUAAAUGUUGCAACUGCAUCUAUUAAGGAAAAGGAUGAUACUGCGACUCCAGCACGUUUAACUUAUAAGCAUAAAGAGGAACACCAGUAUUACGAAGAUGUUGAGAAAACAACACAAGCCCAACGUUUAGGAAUGGGUAUUCCACAAAGAAUGGACAUCAGUCAUUCUGCAGUGAACGAUAUGAAAACUAUUGAACAGGAGAAUGGACAGUCCACCUCGAGCACUUUAAACUCAUUGGGAAAGUUACGCAUUUCAGACAGCGACAGCUUCUUUGAUGACUACAGCUAUGGAAACUCUUUUAGUAUGAACCGCAAUAUUAAUAACAGUGGUUAUUUUGGUAAUAAUAAAAUCGAUCCCGUACUGCACGAUAUUGGUGUCAACAAUAAAGAAAAUUGGGUUAUUAUAGACGAUGAACCUAGUAAACCUGAAAAUUUGCCGACAUCUAUUGAUAAAUAUAAAGAGGAAGCUGUUAGGAGACCUGUCACAGCCUCUAAUGCAGAUGAAGCCCAAAAAAAAUUUGGAAACGCUAAAGCAAUAUCUUCGGAUAAAUUUUUUGAUGAGAAAGGAUCUGAUUAUGAAAUGAAAGCUAACCUAAGCCGAUUUCAAGGCUCUUCAAGUAUAUCUUCAGCUGAUCUUUUUGGCACUGGCAAAAGUGACGCACCUAAUAACCUCUCCACUUACGAUAUAGAAGACGUAAAAGAAAGUGUUAGGCAAGGCGUUACCAAGGUUGCUGGAAAAUUAGGUUCACUAGCAAAUGGUUUAAUGUCAUCGAUACAGGAUCGAUAUGGUUAUUAAUAUAUUCAUUAGGAAUUAAAAACAUGUCCUCUAACUCCUACAAAUUAUUACAUAUUCUGUACCAAUAUAUUUGUUAUAAAUAUAAUGUGCCUUGGCUA